AUGAAACAGCUUUGGAUAUUUGUUAUCAUUUUGGUCCCCCUGAUAUCAUGUGCACCACAAGAAAAAGCCAGUUCUAUAACUACAAGAACUUUGGUGGAAAAAUAUGGAUAUCCAUUUGAGGAGCAUUCUGUUCAAACAUCCGAUGGAUACAUUUUGGGUCUUCAUAGAAUCCCUUACUCGGCAAGAGUCAAUUACGAUGGACAACGGCCAGUGGCCUUCCUAAUGCACGGACUGUUGUGCUCUUCAAGCGAUUGGGUUUUGCUAGGGACAGAAAAUGCAUUGGCCUUCAUUCUCUCCGAUGCCGGCUAUGACGUUUGGAUGGGCAAUGCUCGGGGCAAUACUUACUCCAAAGACCACGCCACGCUGCACCCUUUGUUGCCAAAGUUCUGGAAAUUCGAUUGGCAUGAAAUCGGAAUGAUUGAUUUACCCGCUAUGAUCGACUAUGUUCGGUAUGAGACAGGAGAAGAACAAGUCCAUUAUUUCGGACAUUCACAAGGAACCACAUCGUUUUUGGUUUUGAACUCGCUGAAUACAAAAUUCAAGAGCCGCAUAAAGUCAGCACAUUUAAUGGCACCAGUUGCGUUUAUGGAAAACAUGAAAUCACCGUUGGUUAAAUUGGCUGCCCCUUUAUUGGGUAAUCCAAAAAGUUGGAUGAAUAUAUUUGGCAACUUGGAAUUUUUGCCAAAUACUAGGAUAAUGGAACUGCUUGGGCAGAAGGCUUGUCACGAUGCUUCAAAGUAUCAGUCGAUGUGCUCGAAUGUGAUCUUUCUUAUGGCUGGGUUUGAUGAUGAAAAUAUGAAUAAGACACUUAUUCCAGAAAUUUUAGCAACAACACCUGCUGGAGCUUCGACGAAUCAGAUCUUUCAUUAUCUGCAAGAAUACAACUCGGGUAAAUUCCGAGAGUUCGACCAUGGGAAGCUGUUGAAGAAGCCCAAGGACUAUCCGAUUGAGAAGAUUGAUGUGCCAAUCUUCUUGUAUUACAGUGAAAAUGAUUAUAUGUCAUCGGAAGUCGAUGUAGAAAAGUUGAUGAGAAAGCUGAAAGAAUCAACAUUGAGGGGCGCACAUAAGGUUCCACAUCCGAGAUGGAAUCAUUUGGACUACCUUUGGGGAUUGAAUAUUAACGAACAACUGCAUGAUGCGAUCAUGGAGGACUUGGAUACAAUAAACAAUGAAUAAUGCAAAAUAAAAAUGAAAGGAAAACCUAAUUUGUUGUGAUUGAUGUUUUAAAUGUUUGCAGAUGUAUACCAUA